GAUUUGUUUUGACUUCGUCUAGACGAAUAUUCUGUCAGUUUCUAGUGCUAGUUUUGCUCGUCGCAGGUUUGUAAAAGCGUCUUUUGGGAGAUCAAUAUUCUUGAGGAACUAUGGGACGCCGAAAAUCGAAGAGAAAACCACCACCGAAACGAAAAGCUAUUGAACCGCUUGAUCAACAGUUCAAUUGUCCAUUUUGCAACCAUGAGAAAUCUUGCGAAGUGAAAAUGGAUAAGAGUCGAAACACUGCGGCGAUUAAUUGUCGUGUUUGCCUGGAGGACUACCAAACGACAAUCAAUUUCCUUUCAGAACCCAUUGAUGUUUACAAUGAUUGGGUGGACGCUUGCGAAACUGCUAAUUGAGGAAGUUUAGACUAUUUUGAAUCGGAUCAGUUAGUAAACCGCAAGAGAAGACGAAUACAAGAGAAAUUAAUCUACUGCACGCAUAAAAGAUUGUAAUGAAUCAUAGUUCUAUGAAGUAAUUUUAAGUUAUUUUUCAAUUUGGUGAAAAUACAUAAUCUUCUAAUAAACCGGAAA